AUAAAAGUUUCUCAUCUGAUUGAAAUCUACAACAUCCUGGUUGCUAUUUCGGUGCUGCUUUAGCUCUUUGUCCUGAGCCUGAAGGUCCAGUGACAGCAGCCAUGUUUCUGUACAACAUCACCCUGCAAAGGGCAACUGGCAUCUCGCAUGCCAUCCAUGGAAACUUCUCAGGAACCAAGCAGCAGGAGAUUGUUGUUUCUCGAGGAAAAAUUCUGGAGCUGCUGCGUCCUGAUGCCAACACCGGGAAAGUUCACACACUGCUCACUAUGGAGGUGUUUGGUGUCGUCCGCUCACUCAUGGCCUUCAGGUUGACGGGUGGAACUAAAGACUACGUUGUGGUGGGCAGUGACUCUGGUCGUAUUGUGAUCCUGGAGUACCAUCCUUCCAAGAACAUGUUUGAAAAGAUCCACCAGGAGACCUUUGGCAAGAGUGGCUGCAGACGCAUUGUGCCUGGGCAGUUUCUUGCUGUUGAUCCUAAGGGAAGAGCUGUAAUGAUAGGUGCCACAGAGAAACAGAAGUUGGUUUACAUCCUGAAUAGAGAUGCAGCAGCUCGCCUUACCAUCUCCUCCCCUCUAGAGGCUCACAAGGCUAAUACACUUGUCUACCAUGUGGUUGGUGUGGACGUGGGCUUUGAGAACCCCAUGUUUGCCUGCCUGGAGAUGGACUAUGAGGAAGCAGAUAAUGAUCCCACUGGAGAAGCAGCAGCAAACACACAGCAGACUUUGACCUUCUAUGAGUUGGACUUGGGUCUCAACCAUGUGGUUCGCAAGUACAGCGAGGCUCUGGAGGAACAUGGCAACUUCCUCAUCACAGUUCCCGGUGGUUCGGAUGGUCCCAGUGGUGUGCUCAUUUGUUCUGAGAAUUAUAUCACCUACAAAAAUUUCGGUGACCAGCCAGACAUCCGUUGCCCAAUCCCACGCAGGAGGAAUGACCUGGAUGACCCUGAGCGAGGCAUGAUCUUUGUCUGCUCUGCCACCCACAAGACCAAAUCUAUGUUUUUCUUUUUAGCCCAGACUGAACAGGGCGACAUCUUUAAGGUUACACUGGAAACCGAUGAGGAAAUGGUGACAGAGAUUAGAAUGAAAUAUUUUGACACCAUCCCAGUGGCCACAGCAAUGUGUGUUCUGAAGACUGGAUUCUUAUUUGUUUCUUCAGAGUUUGGAAACCACUACCUGUAUCAGAUUGCCCACUUGGGUGAUGAUGAUGAAGAACCAGAGUUUUCUUCUGCCAUGCCUUUGGAGGAGGGAGACACCUUCUUUUUCCAACCUCGUCCCCUUAAAAACCUAGUGCUGGUGGACGAGCAAGAAAGUCUUUCACCCAUCAUGUCCUGCCAGAUUGCCGAUUUGGCUAAUGAAGACACCCCGCAGCUGUAUGUGGCGUGUGGCAGAGGACCCAGAUCUACAUUGAGGGUUUUGAGACACGGACUGGAGGUGUCGGAAAUGGCUGUUUCAGAACUCCCUGGUAACCCCAAUGCUGUGUGGACCGUCAGAAGACAUGUUGAAGAUGAGUUUGAUGCCUACAUCAUUGUGUCCUUCGUCAAUGCCACCCUGGUACUUUCGAUUGGUGAGACUGUGGAGGAAGUGACAGAUUCUGGUUUCUUGGGAACAACACCCACCCUGUCCUGCUCGUUGCUCGGGGAAGAUGCACUUGUUCAAGUGUACCCUGAUGGAAUCCGUCACAUCCGCGCGGAUAAAAGAGUGAAUGAGUGGAAGACUCCGGGAAAGAAAACAAUCAUUCGAUGUGCUGUCAAUCAGAGACAGGUGGUGAUUGCUUUGACUGGCGGAGAACUGGUCUACUUUGAGAUGGAUCCGUCUGGACAGCUGAAUGAAUACACAGAGAGGAAGGAGAUGUCUGCUGAUGUUGUGUGCAUGAGUUUGGCAAAUGUGCCCCCUGGUGAGCAGCGUUCCCGUUUCCUGGCUGUUGGUUUGGUGGACAAUACCGUCCGCAUCAUCUCUCUGGAUCCAUCCGACUGUUUGCAGCCAUUAAGUAUGCAGGCUCUUCCAGCCCAGCCAGAGUCUCUUUGUAUUGUGGAGAUGGGUGGAGUGGAAAAACAGGAUGAGCUGGGAGAAAAGGGCACCAUUGGCUUCUUGUACCUUAAUAUUGGCCUGCAGAACGGAGUGUUAUUGCGUACUGUGUUGGAUCCAGUAACUGGGGACCUGUCUGAUACUCGAACUCGGUAUCUCGGCUCUCGUCCUGUCAAGCUUUUUAGAGUCCGGAUGCAGGGCCAAGAAGCUGUUCUGGCCAUGUCCAGUCGUUCCUGGCUGAGUUACUCAUACCAGUCUCGAUUCCACUUGACGCCACUGUCAUAUGAAACCUUGGAGUAUGCUUCAGGCUUUGCUUCAGAGCAGUGUCCUGAGGGUAUCGUUGCCAUUUCCACCAACACACUGAGGAUUUUGGCUCUUGAGAAACUGGGUGCCGUCUUCAACCAGGUUGCUUUCCCACUGCAGUACACGCCUCGCAAGUUUGUCAUCCACCCAGAGACCAACAACCUGAUCCUGAUCGAAACCGACCACAAUGCCUACACUGAAGCCACCAAAGCCCAGCGCAAGCAGCAGAUGGCUGAGGAAAUGGUGGAGGCAGCAGGAGAGGAUGAAAGGGAGCUGGCAGCAGAAAUGGCAGCAGCUUUCUUGAAUGAGAAUCUGCCAGAAGCCAUCUUUGGGGCACCUAAAGCAGGCUCUGGGCAAUGGGCCUCACUUGUACGCUUGAUCAACCCCAUCCAGGGCAACACAUUGGACCUGGUGCAGCUGGAGCAGAAUGAGGCAGCUUUCAGUGUGGCUAUUUGCCGCUUUCUGAAUGGAGGAGAUGACUGGUACGUGUUGGUGGGUGUUGCAAGAGAUAUGAUACUCAAUCCACGCUCUGUUGGCGGAGGAUAUAUUUAUACCUAUCGGAUAGUUGGAGGUGGGGACAAGCUGGAGUUUUUGCACAAGACCCCUGUGGAGGACGUGCCCCUGGCUAUUGCUCCAUUUCAGGGACGGGUUUUGGUUGGAGUGGGCAAGCUCUUGCGCAUCUAUGAUUUGGGAAAGAAAAAACUUCUCCGCAAGUGUGAAAACAAGCAUGUUCCUAAUUUAGUGACAGGCAUCCACACUAUCGGCCAGCGUGUGAUUGUUUCAGAUGUUCAGGAGAGUCUGUUCUGGGUGCGCUAUCGCCGCAAUGAGAACCAACUCAUCAUCUUUGCUGACGAUACUUAUCCUCGGUGGAUCACCACUGCCUGUCUGCUUGAUUAUGACACAAUGGCUUCAGCGGAUAAGUUUGGAAAUAUCUGCGUUGUUCGCCUUCCCCCAAACACCAGCGAUGAUGUUGAUGAGGACCCCACAGGGAACAAAGCAUUGUGGGACAGAGGCUUGCUUAACGGAGCUUCACAAAAGGCUGAGAUCAUCAUCAACUAUCACAUAGGAGAGACUGUGCUGUCGCUCCAGAAAACCACACUCAUCCCUGGAGGAUCCGAGUCUCUGGUGUACACCACACUAUCUGGAGGCAUUGGCAUCCUGGUUCCCUUCACCUCUCAUGAGGAUCACGAUUUCUUCCAGCACUUGGAAAUGCACAUGCGCUCAGAGUUUCCUCCUCUGUGUGGUCGAGAUCAUCUCAGCUUCCGCUCAUACUAUUUCCCUGUCAAGAAUGUGAUUGACGGAGACCUGUGUGAGCAGUUUAACUCUAUGGAUCCUCAUAAGCAGAAGAGUGUCUCUGAGGAGUUGGACCGUACACCUCCAGAAGUGUCAAAGAAACUGGAAGACAUCCGAACACGCUAUGCCUUCUAGGAUCUUCACAUCUGGCAGGCGCACCAUGAGAAAAUCAAUUGUUUUUCCGGGCUUCCCAUGGCUGUGGGCAUCAAACUUUCCUACCACAAGUAUAGGAGCUGCAAUCUGGUGACUGCUGAAGGAAGUUCCCCAUUUAACUGGGGCCAGAUGGGAGCUGUCAAACUCCCAGUGGUCAAUGACCCGGUCCUGCUUGAAAUGACUGUCAGUACUGUACUCGGUACAAAGCGUUUCAGUUUUUUAGUUCAUACUGAGUGGCUGCAUAGAUACAAAUCUUUUCAGAAGUAUGCUUUCAUGCAUCAGCCCAUAUACAAGAAUGAAUUUUAUUUGUGUGGAUAAAAGUCUAUUACUAAUUUUGUAGCUAUACCACAGUGCGAACGAAAUCCAGCUCAAUCCACAUUUUGCUGUAUGAAUCAGUCUGCAUAAAACCGUUCCAUCAUUCGUGUCUCGGGUAUUUAAAUAAUUUCUCAAAGCAUAAAAAGAUGUUUCCACUCUUGUAAAAACAGUGAAAUUGUAAAAUAGCUUUAGUUUUUGUCUCUACGUGGAAACAGCAAAUUUGUGGUUUGUAACUACUGCUUUUUUGUGGAAAGGCCAUAAAUAUCCACAACCCCAAAAAAAGAAAUCGGGCUGUUUUUGUCAAAGUGUGAGAAUUUGUAAAUAAACUUUUUUUUUACUUUGUCCUGUA